AAAAAUACCGCGCUGUCCGCCGGCCCGCGCCCCCCCUCCUUUCUCCUCCCACCAACAAGCAGUCUGGCCCAAUUUAUAGUGUGGAAAGAGGGAAAGCAACUUCAGAACCCAUUUCUUACCGGCAAUGGCGACCAUGACGGGCACUGUGGUUUUGACGGGGGCCAACGGCUCGCUGGCCCUCCCUCUGGUGGAGCAUCUUCUGCUCAGUUUCCCCCAACUCACUCUCGUUUUGACCGUGCGGAAUCCCUCGGCCGACAGUACGGAUGUUCACACCAAGCAUCUGCUCGACAUCGUGGGCCCCCACCGCGAGCGCGUGCACGUCCGCGCCUUGGAUCUCGCCCGCCUUAGCGAGACUCACGCCUUCGCCGAGACCCUGGCCGCCGAUAUUGCAGCCGACCGGCUCCCCCCGGUGAUCAGCAUCAUCUGCAACGCCUUCUACUGGAAUCUCAAGGGGGAGGUCACCACGACGCCGGAUGGCUUCGAAACCACCUGGCAGGUCACCUACCUGUCCCACGUCGCUCUGAUUCUGCGUCUCUUGCGCUCAUUCGGCCCCGCGGGGGGCCGCAUCGUCCUGUUCAGCAGCGAUGCCCAUUUCCCCGGGAAAAAUGGCCUCGAGGUGUACCCGCCAGCCCUGCCGGAAAACCUCGACUCCUUCCGCCUGGAGCCGAUGAGCGUGCCCGAGUCCCACAAGGCCGAGAAUGCCCUGGGGCGCGGGUUCCAGCGGUAUGCGAUCGCGAAGUUGGCGGUGACGACGUGGAUGUAUGCCCUCAAUGCUCGUCUGGAGGCGACGACCGGUCCACUGCACAAGAUCACCGCCCUCGCCGUCAACCCCGGCAACCUCAGCGAUUCGCGCGCCCUGCAGGUGAACACCCCGGCCAAGCUGCAGUUCAUCGCACGGUUCAUCCUCCAACCCUUCCGCCCGCUGCUCCAGUACAAGGAUCGCACCAUCCGCACGGCGGCCGAGGCGGCGCUGGACGUGGCGGCGCUGGCGGUGGGGCCCGCGUUCGCCGGGGCGCGAGGGUACUUCACCUUGCGACAAGCGGAUACCAGCUCGGCGGAGAGUCGCGACCCCAAGAAGCAGCAGCAGCUGUGGGAGAAGACGUUGGAGUGGGUGGGGAUGACCGAGGAGCAGGUUGGCCCUUUUGAGUGAUUUUACGGCCCAAGCCUGACACAACAUACAGGUUCUGGUUUUGUCUGGUCUCAAGGGGCUGGUUUCUGUUUGCUAGAAAUUCGUAUUCAGUCCUUUUCUUCCCAGUGCCUAUAUGUUAUCUAGUUUAUCUAGUCG